GCGCCGUUCAAACGCGGCGGCGGAGGCGCAAGGGCGCUCGUGUUGGGUGGCGGCAGGUCGGUCCCGGUCUCGCCUGUAGCUAAAUAAAGUUGACCAAGAACUGGAACAAGAUGGUAUCUGUGCUCCAAAAUGUCAAGACAACAAUGGCCUGGCGGAAACACCAGCUCCUAGCUGACUUUGAUGAGAAUGACAGCCCUGUGCCUGACAAAUUCAAGAGAAGGGCUUCUUUGAGUUCUCUCAAUACUAUCCGCAUGUCUCUAAGGAAGCGAGUACCAUUAAAGCAAGUAGAACUGAAUUUUCGUAAGACCCCAACUUGGGAAAGUCUGGAAGCAAGACAGAAGUGCCAAACUCUUCAGAGUAUUAAAAGAACAGCAAAAAAUGCUUUUGGAACAAUGUCCCAGAAAAUACAGAAGUCUUGCCAAAGCCCAGUACACUCAAUGGUGACCCUUCCAGCUGAAUCCAUCAGCAGAAGCUGUGCAACCAGUUCUACUGAGAAAAGUACUACACCUCGAACCCCUUGCCAUAAGAAGAAAAUAACUCCAGCAGCCAGUUCCAAAGGCACCCCAAGAUCCAGCAAAAAAGCCUUGCUUGGGCCAACAAGGGUGUCAGAACAUAGAGAAUGGAGGGGUUUCUCAUCCUGGCUUGGUAAAGAUGCUGUCUCUCUCCGGAGAUCAAGAAGAGCAGCAGCACUGAAGAGCCCUUAUUCAUCACCUGCUUCUGCCAGCAGAAAGAUAGAGUUUGACUGCGACUUGGAGCUGGUCUCCUCAGGGAUUUGCCAACUGAAGGAUAUCUCCCAGGCAUUUGAUGAUGCCAUUGUGCAAGAGGAGAGGCAACAUGCAACGUCAAACUACUCCUACCUAAUGGCACAAAACUUACAGUCUGCGCGUCGAUCUUGGAAACUUUCUCAAGCUGUCGGAAGGCGAGCAAAGAAACUCCAUCGAGCACUUGCUACCUAGACAGAGACAGCUGUAACUAUUGUUAGCUUGUGAUCAUAUAUAAAGGAGAGCUCUGUGUAGCACUUGAAAGGGUGCACUCUAUACACUGAACAAGCCAUUAUAUUUUCUAAUCUUUCUUGACAAAGCAGCUCAGGACUUCCCUUCCCUUGCUAUCUCUUUUCAAAUUAACAGGAGAAUCAAAAUUGUACCACGGUGUAUUCUUUCCUGCUGAGACGAGGGACCAUCUGGACUGUGACUUUCAAAAGGCAGUGAGUACUUUGAAACUGAUGUUGAACUGACCAGUAGGAAUGGCCGGAGCAAGGGCCACAGACAUACGAAGGGUGAUCAUAGGUAAUAGUAGUAUUUAGACGUGUAUCCAAUUGCCAUGAAUUUUAGUAUGAGUACUUUGCAUACUAAAAGUACUGGUCUGUUAUUUUGAAAGCCUAACAUUUUUUUCUGUAUAUGAACAACCCAAAAAUUAAGCAUCAUGUUUUUAACUGGAAGUUAAUGAAACAGUAGUGGCUUGUUUGAGUUUUGAUGGCAAAUGGCGUUCCAAGGCAACAGGUUUCUGUGGAUUCACUCAUGCCACAAGAGAGGAGCCAGAUUAGUACUCUAAUUCACGGCCUUAAGGAUUGCUAUUAGAUUAGCCUAACUAAUCCUAUCUUAAGUAGUAGGGUUCCAGACAGGCAACUUUAUGUCAUUUCUUGCUGCUGCUUUAAAUAGCAUUUUGGCAGUCAAAUUAAACAUUGUUUUUGUACUACAACCUCUGUUGUUUAGUUAUACACAGAAAUUGGUUUCUACAAUUAACGUAACCUCUUUCAACUACUUUUAUUAGCUAAUAUCACAGUGCAGGUAUUUUAUGUGAUGCAGUAUACUAAGCAUUUGAUACCUGUAUUUUGCUUCUACUUUUUUUAAAAAAGUAACAUUCAUUUGACAAGCCUUUUUUGGUAGGGGAUUCAGUUUAACAAAGUUUAGUCUUUAAAACUAAAGCAAAGAUUUCUCAAGCUCCUAGAAUUCAACACCAGGGCUGUUUUCCACGGCAGCAGCUUUGUGCAGGCUUUCAGAUUACAUUCACUCUAAGAUGAACCUUCAAACAAAAGAUUGAUUUGGGAAACUUUGCUCUACUUGAUAAUUUUUAAGAUGCACAUGUAAAUUAGUAAAACUACUAACAUUUUAAUGGUAUUAAGUAUAAAUAUGGGAAGCAGUCAUGUUCAAUUCUGAUUUAUGUGUAAGUAUUGCUCCCGAUUUUUCUUUUUAAACUGGACUGUUUUAAAAUAUUGAAACAGUUAAUGAGGCCUGGAAACAUGAAAACAACCCUGACUUCCAGGCUUUCAGAUUUUAUCCACCUUUCUCUAUGGAACAAUAGCUUGAAGUUAUUCUUUGCAUGUACUGAAACUACUUCUAUAAAGCUUUCAUAAUGAUGGUAUCACAUUACUGGAACAUUUUCUUAUAUGACUUUUCAAAAGGAGGGAGAGUUGGAGUUUUGUGAAAAGUCAACCUCCAAUCUAAGUAUUAUUUCAGACAGUCAGAUGUAUUAAACAACCUCUAUUUACACUGUUUCCACUGGCUACUAGGACAUGUACAAUGAUGACCUAACAGUUCCCAUAUCACUAGUAAGAAAAAUCAGUGACACUGCUUAAAGGCAAGGAAGGUUUUAUUUAAGUGACUAAUCUGUUAUAAGAUUUUAAAAACCAGCUCACAUCAAAAUCUUUACCAGUUGUAGAAAUCUUACUCCUUAGUUCAUAUUAAGAAAUUCAUUAUUGUACAUUUUUGAAUCUUUACAAGGCAGCCAUAAGAAAUAUAAACAUUUGUCACCAGAUAGAACCUUCUCACUGACAAACAAUAUUUAAAAGUAUGCACUUAAUAAAACUAUAGACGGAAAGAACAUGUACAAUUUCAAGUUUCCUUGUAUGAAUUCAGUUGUAAGUGGACUGCCCCCUUCCCUCCCCCACAAAUAGAAAAAUAAGUUAUGCAGAAGGCUUGGGGUUCUGUGAGAGGACUGCCAUUCUGGGCCCUACACCAGUCCUCCCAGAAUAACCUUCUCUUUAAAGCUUGCAAUCUGUGAAUUAUGUUUCAACAUUGUAAUCUCUGGUAUACCAUCUCCCAGCAUGUCACAGUGAACUUGCCUCUCUCCCCCCCCCCCAAGUUCUGU